ACCGCGCCGGUAUGAUGCGGUAGCUGUCAAGAGUGUCAACCGAACAACGCUCAUUAUUAACCUAUUGAGUAAAUUUUAUUUUGCUAAAAUCAAAUUCAAUAAUGAUGGUCAGAUAACAAAUAUUGUAAAUUGUGAAUCAAAUACGCUCAAAUUAAAUACGUGAAUGUCGGUUUCCGAUUAGUACGUGUAAUAAUUCUAAUAAUUGUAAAAUGAAAUUAUGUAAAAUUAAAUAGUAACUCGGUACAGUGCUACCAACAAUACAUUGUUCAAAAGAAAUUCGACGCAAGCGCAGAACAUUUUGGACUUAGAAAAAUUUUUUGGACUCGGUAAAAAAAGACUGAAAAAAAUUUCAAUCACUUGGUAGAGUUGUUCGAAAUUUUGUGGACUUAGAAAAUUUUUGCUUUGUGAUCGAACAAUGAGCAUCGAAAAUCCAGACGUUGGCCAAACUAUGGCGACUGACAAUCGUGUUGAGGGAAAACCAAUGAAUGGUGAACAGCAUGUGAACGGUGUUCGGAGCAAUGGCCAUUCGUCAAAUGAUAAGCACCGCAGCAGCGGUCACCACAAAUCCUCCAGCAAAGACAAACAUCGUGACAAGGACAGAGACAAGGACCGUGAACACAAAAGUUCGGACCAUAAGAGUUCCAAAUCCAGCAGCGGUCACCACCAUUCGAGUAGCAAGCAUUCGUCGAGCAGUAGCCGUCAUAAAGAUAAGGACCGGGACAAGGAUCGUACCAGUUCGCACAAAUCAUCGAACCGUGAUAAAGACCGUGAUAAGGAUAAGUCGAAUGACAAACAUCGAGAUAAGGACAAAGAUAAGGAACGCAGCAAGGACCACAAGAGCAGCAAUCGUGAUAAGGACAAGGAAAAAUCAUCGUCAAACCGCGAAAAAGACAAGGAACCACGUGACAAAGAUAAAGAAUCACGUGACAAGGAUAAAGACAGACAUAAAAGUUCCUCUUCAUCAAAACACAAAAGCAGUAGCAGUUCAUCGAAACAUCGUGAUAAAGACCGACAUCAUAAAUCUGGCGAUCGUGACCGAAAUCGUGAUAAAGAUCGGGACAGGGAUCGUAAGGACAAAAUCAAGGACGAGCACAAAAAUGAUAAAGCGGAAAUCAAACAGGAGCAGUUCACCGAACCGGAAAUUAAUGACAUUGACAUGAAAGACGAGCACAACAAUCUAUCACAGGCCAGUUCAUGUGAUUACUCGCUGUCACAGUUUCGUCCCGAUGAAUCGCAAUUUUCGAUUAAAGCUGAAGCUGACGAUUACGAUGAACCAGUUCAUUCGGUCCAUGAAGCUGACCCGUUGGCAGAUGAAGACGAUGAAGAAGAUAUUCCCAUUGCGAAGCGUAAACUCAAAAUGAUGAAGGAGGAGGAGGAAGACGACGAGGAGGAUGUUCCACUGCUGGCUCGGAAGAAAGUAAAGACUGAGAAAAUUAAGAAAGCUAAAAAGAUGAAGCGUCAAGAAACCAGCGACGAAGAAGAUGAUCCUCCCAAAAAGAAGAAGAAGGAAAAGAAGAGCAAACCCAUUAAGCAGGAAAUUCAAACCUCACCAACGAAAACUGGUGGCCGGAAGAAGAAAGACGAAGAAGAACAAGAGGUCUGGAAAUGGUGGGAGGAGGAAAAAAGGGAAGAUGGCGUCAAAUGGAAUUUCUUAGAGCACAAAGGUCCCGUAUUUGCACCACCGUACGAUCCACUUCCCGAUCACAUUAAAUUCGAAUACGAUGGCAAAGCGAUGAAACUGUCCCAGGAUGCGGAAGAAAUUGCCUGUUUCUAUGCCAAAAUGUUGAACAACGACUACUGCACCAAGCAAAUAUUCAACGAUAAUUUCUUUUCCGAUUGGAGAAAAGCAAUGACAUCCAGGGAACGCGAAAAAAUUACGAAACUGAAACACUGUGAUUUUAGCAAAAUGCAUGCAUAUUUCCAAGGUAUAUCGGAGAAGAACAAAAGUCGCACGAAAGAAGAAAAGGCCGCCCUUAAAGCGGAAAACGAGGCAUUAAUGAAGGAAUACGGAUUUUGCACAAUUGACGGUCACAAAGAGAAAAUUGGAAACUUCCGUAUCGAACCGCCUGGACUGUUUCGUGGCCGUGGCGAACAUCCGAAAAUGGGCUUGGUCAAGAGACGUGUCAUGCCGGAGGAUAUAUUAAUCAAUUGUUCCAAAAAUAGUAAAGUUCCUCAAGCGCCGCCGGGCCACAAAUGGCGAGAAGUGAAGCACGACAAUACCGUAACGUGGCUGGCUUCGUGGACAGAAAACGUUCAGGGCCAAGUGAAAUAUGUUAUGUUGAAUCCCAGUUCCAAGUUGAAGGGUGAAAAAGAUUGGCAAAAGUACGAAACUGCCAGACGGCUGCACAAACAUAUCGACAAAAUUCGAAACACGUACAAAGAGGAAUGGAAAUCGAAAGAAAUGCGAAUUCGACAACGUGGUGUUGCACUGUACUUCAUUGACAAAUUGGCGCUGAGAGCUGGUAACGAAAAAGACGAAGACCAGGCGGAUACGGUCGGUUGCUGUUCUCUGCGUGUGGAACACAUUGCACUGCAUAAAACUAUGGGUGACAAAGAGAACGUAGUCGUGUUCGAUUUUCUGGGUAAAGAUUCCAUUCGGUACUACAAUGAGGUGGAAGUGGAGAAGCGAGUGUUCAAGAAUCUGGAAUUAUUCAAAGAAAACAAAAAGGAAGGCGACGAUCUGUUCGAUCGUUUGAACACUGUUGUGAUGAACGAGCAUUUACGAGAUCUAAUGGAUGGCUUAACGGCGAAAGUGUUCCGUACAUACAAUGCUUCGUGGACACUGCAAACACAACUGAACGAAAUGACCGAUCCGAACUCAUCAAUUCCAGAGAAAUUGUUGUCGUACAAUCGGGCCAAUCGAGCGGUCGCUAUUUUGUGUAACCAUCAGCGUGCUGUACCGAAAAGUCACGAAAAAAGUAUGGAAAACUUGAAGGAGAAAAUUAGGGUCAAACGAGAACAGCUGGAUGACUUAGAAGUCGAAGUAAAGGAUGCAGUUAAAGCGGCCAAACGAGGUUCGAUGAAAGAGAAAAUGCAAGCCGACAAAAAGAAGAAACAACUGGAACGGUGUAGGGAACAAAUGACUAAAUUGGAAUUACAAGAGACUGACCGCGAUGAGAAUAAAACAAUUGCAUUGGGUACAUCAAAAUUAAAUUAUUUGGAUCCAAGAAUUUCAGUUGCUUGGUGCAAAAAGCAUGGCGUUCCCAUCGACAAAAUUUACAACAAAACCCAACGGGACAAGUUCCGUUGGGCUAUAGAUAUGGCCACCGAGGACUACCACUUCUAGAGCAAUACAUUUAUUUAUGUAUGAAAUGAUUUCGAGGCCAAUUUAUGAAAUAUUUUAAUUUUUUUUUCUUUUUUGUAUGAUAAAUUAUUUAUCGGAAUCAUGUUAAUGUUGUAUUUUAGCAUUUUUCAUUUAUUUUAUUAUACAUAAAAAAAUUGAAUUUGCAGUCUCUGCCAAUUUAUACUAAUUAAUAACAACCAACAACAACACAACACUUUACACAGUUUUCUUUUUGCGUGUGGUUUUUAGUUUAGUAUUCCAAUUAUUUAAUUUUAAUUUUAAGCAUAAAAAAUUGUUCUUAAGUUUUUUGGAAUAAGGCAAUAUGUAAUUGUGUGAUGAUGAUGAAGAAGAAGAAGAAAAAAAAAGAAAGAAAGAAAAAUUGGCAGGACGGGAACGGGUUCAUAAAAUUGUAUCAAAAUAAAACUGUUUUUCUAUCUCUUUCCGUCAUUUCUUUUUAUUUAUUUGAAGCAGAGCGCAGGUCAGUGGAGUCAGUAUUGGUUGUCUGUAUUUUUAAUUAAUUAAUUUUUAAUAAACGGAACGGGAUAGAAACCAAAAUGUUUUGAUCGAAGGUAAUAGCCUUGCUAAGGCCGAAAGAACACGAACAAUGUUGCUUUUGCUGAAAUCGACAAUUAUCCUACGUUUUCCAUUAUUCGACGUGCUAAUCGGAUUAGAAUGGCAAGGUCGAAAACACACGACUACGAUCGACACUUAUGCUGUCUGUUUGAAGUAUCGGAUUACAAUGGAAAACGAACCAUAAUUGUCGAUCUCAGCAACGUAAGAUUCGUUGUGUGUUUGCGGUCUAAACGUAGAAGAAUUGUCCGAUCUCAAGUAGCUAAAUCUACUCGUGUGUUUCCGAAUCUAAAGAACAAAUGUGAGCAAUUGAGAAAUUGACAUGGUACCUCUCUAAUGCCGUUUGAUUUACUCUUUUUUUAUGAUUUUCCUUUCCAACUGAAUCGCUGAAUAAACAUUGCAGAUUAAAAAUUAAAUUUUUGUUUCAUAAAGGAGCGACACUGUCUGUGAUCAUAUUACCGCAGCAGAGGCACAGAACAUUGCAAUAAUGAAAAAAUUAUCGUGAAUUCCGCUCCAUUUCUUUCCACAGCAUUUUCCACUUCAUUUCGCAUUGUCGUGAGUUGUACGAUACGAUAAAGAAUGGAAAUAUGAUAUGCUUCGGUUGUGAAUUUUGUUGGGUCGGAUCGGCAGCAAAUCGUGAUUCCUAUCAGUGUCACAGAACGGGAAACAAAGUUUUUCAAGAAAACAAAUUUGUAAGGUUGAUUAAGGGUUGUUUAAAAAAAAGGGCGAAAGAAUUCUCUACACCCAGAGGUGUUAGCCGUCCAAUACUUUCCUCCAAUUGUUCAAAAGCAGUAAGAGUUGUAGUUGGUGCCAGAGGCUGUCUCUUAGUCGGCGCUACGGCAAGGAACGUAUUCAAGGCUUGAACUGUCAGGUUGAAUCUGAAGUUGACUUGUUGAGAGGUUUAACCGUGAAUACAUUCCUUCCUAUAACACUUGCAAUUUUCAACAUAGACAACACCAACUGCAGAUCUACGAUUGGACUAUAUUGUCGAGUUUACUACUGCACGACUGCCUGUAUGAUCAUAAUUUUUGAUUAAAUUUCGAUAAACAGUUGUCGCAAAAAUAGGUCAAAGAUUUAAACAGAAAUACUUCUGCAAGUGGAAAUUCUAACAGUUGGUUUUAUUUGGCCAGUAGCCUGCAUUUUGGUCGCCGCCAAUAGGCCGGUUAUGCGUGUGUGUGCGUGUGUGUUUGUACAGUACGUGUAUAUAACAUGAUUAAGUCUAAUGUCGCAUAUUGGGAAACUAUUCAUUCCAACAUUCAGACAUUAAAGCACUUAUACCAAUUUCAUUUAGUGAUAAAUUUUAGUGAGUUCAUUUAUUCGAUUAUUGGGACAAACAAAACGCACGAAAAAAUUGAUGGUGGACGAAAAUAACAAAACAAAAACAAAAAUUGAUGAAAAUGAGAGUUUGUGUGGUUGAAAAUUAAUUUUAAUUUAAACUUAUCUAGGAAAAAGAACAUAGAAAAUAUUUUUUGAAAUAAAGAAAGAAGAAAGAGAUGAAUUCGAACCAUUGGUUGUCUAUAUAUGAUAUGCAAUAGAAACCACAGUUAGAAUGUAAAAUAUAAUUUUUUAGUUAUUAGAUGGUAAGUUUAAGUGAUCUUAGAUGAAUUUUAUUUUUAUUUAAACGAAAAUAUAAUUU